UAGGCCCCGGAACCCUCAGGCCGCGGGGGGCAGCUGAGCCCCCCGCCCUUCCCAGUCCGCCUCCCCUCGGCGGCCCCAGCGGCAGCUCUCGGCCCGGCGCCGCCUCCCGCCGCCACCGACACCGGCGCUUCCCCCUCCCCGCGCCCCGCCCUCGCCGGCUGGGCCGGCCGGCCGCGCCCUCCCAUUGGCCGCCGCCGCUCACGUGACGCGGGGCUGCCGGGCAGAUACUACGCAUAUCUUCAGCAGGCUCAAGCUUUUUACACGUUUCCGUUCCAUCAGAUGAUGACUGCAGCACCCAGCAUGGAAAUCCUGACCGAGCAGCCGACUCUAGAGGGCGUUCCAGAGCCAAACAUUGCCCAGGAGCCUCCAAAAGAAGUCAAAAAAGGAGGAAGGAAAAGAAAAGCCAAAGCAACUGAGCCAAAGCAACCCAAAAAGCCUGCUGCUAAAAAAGAAAAAUCAGCCAAGUCAAAAGGCAAACAAGAAAAGAUCACGGAUACUUUUAAAGUCAAAAGAAAAGUGGACCGUUUUAAUGGUGUGUCUGAAGCGGAACUUCUGACCAAGACUUUACCUGAUAUUUUAACCUUUGAUCUGGACAUUGUAAUAAUUGGCAUAAACCCUGGCUUGAUGGCAGCUUACAAGGGACAUCAUUACCCUGGACCUGGAAACCAUUUUUGGAAGUGUCUGUUCAUGUCUGGUCUAAGUAAUGAACAGCUAAACCAUAUGGAUGAUCACACCUUGCCACAUAAAUACGGGAUUGGGUUUACAAACAUGGUUGAAAGGACAACACCUGGAAGCAAAGACCUCUCCAGCAAAGAGUUUCGGGAAGGAGGGCGAAUUCUGAUGCAGAAGUUACAAAAGUAUAAACCUCGUAUAGCAGCUUUCAAUGGAAAAUGUAUUUAUGAAAUUUUUAGUAAAGAAGUUUUUGGAAUAAAAGUUAAGAACUUGGAAUUUGGACUGCAGCCACACAAGGUGCCAGAUACAGAAACUCUCUGCUACGUUAUGCCAUCAUCCAGUGCAAGAUGUGCUCAGUUUCCUCGUGCACAAGAUAAAGUUCAUUAUUACAUAAAGCUGAAAGACUUAAGGGAUCAACUGAAAGGCAUCGCACCAAACACGGAGGUGCAGGAGGUGCAGUACACAUUUGACUUGCAACUUGCACAAGAGGAUGCUAAAAAGAUGGCUGUCAAAGAAGAAAAGUACGAUCCAGGUUAUGAAGCAGCGUAUGGAGGAGCUUACUGUGAUCGUGCACCGUAUGAAAGCGAACAGUGCAAUUUCUCUCCAAACGGAAAUGCAGCAAGCAAUCCACAGUACUGUGAGGGCCCGUCCUUUGGUGAAGUUCCUAAUGGACAAUGGAUGACACAGUCCUUUGCAGACCAGAUUCCAGAGUUCAAUGCUGGUAUGACACAGGAAGAAGAGGGAAGCAGUGCGUAAGAGCUGUUUCUUCUCGGCUAUGCAUACAUGCUGCAGUUUUAAUGCAGUGAUCAAGAUUGGUACCUCGGUUCUCCAACUGAAGCAUUUGAAUAGUAUUUUAUCUCCCCUAGUUAUUUUAUUAUAGUCUAAAGUAAGUGUGUGGUAGGCUCUAAUUGAUGAACUAGAUAAUUUUAAGGAACUGUCCAAACUUUUUAAAAAAAAGUUAGCCCUUUUUUGUAUAUGAGUUUUAUAUUUAAUGUAUACCAUUUCUUGCAGUUUUUGACAAAUUGCUUUCUCAUUCGUGAAGAUUUCUUUGGGGCGUGAAUUUUAUUCCACAAAUCCAUAAUGUAGUAGUAACAGCAGCAGUAUACUUUUUACUGAUGCCUCAAUAUUUGGAUAUCUCAUAAGCCUUUUAUAGCCAGGGGGGAAAUGGGAAGUGUACCCUCAUCUUACAUGAAGUGGUGUUUUUAAUCAUGCACAGUUAAGCAAAUUGUGCUUUUUAAGUCUGCCUUUUACCUUCUUAAAAAGUGCAGAAAGUUGCGUUCUGCAGCUGUGAGUACUGAGUAUUUUCUGGGCGGGAAGAGAGAGCUCUGUCUAUUUAGUGAUUGGACCAUAUUCAGGAUUAAGGGAGUGGAGACAUCAUCUCAAGUCACAACACUGGGGAGGAAAAUUUGUAUCGCACAGGACAGGGCAUAAAUAUUCUAGCUGAGCUGUCUUAGGGUAAGGUGUCCCUACCACUCCAUCUCUUUCCCCUUUAAAUCCCAACGUAAGGAACUGAAAUUCCUUUAAAAAAAAAAAAUCAAAACAACGGUGGUUCUUGAAUUCUGUGGCAUUUAAACUCUCGGUCAUUUCUGUGCGAUUAAUCCCUUCACCUGACCUUUAGCAGGAGGCAAUCCCUUUGAACGGAUUACACUGCAGGGAAUGGAAUAACCACGUUCCCUGUAAAAACCCUGUACAGCUACAUUGUUUAUGUCAGGUACGAUUAGCACAGGGUGAAAGAGGUUUGCAAUUUCGCAGUUUUUAACAUUGUUAUCUUUAAUCUGUAGGACCAUAGAGGGUGUUCUCCUUAUUCCUCUUACAAGUUAAAAAACCUAAAUUCAAUAUAAGGGCAGCUGUUCCAUGAAUAAGAAGUCAGCUGUAGAAACUACAGCUCUCUUCUGAGGAACUUGCUUAAACGCUACAUAGUUUUGGCCAAUAUUAGUGACUGAGAAAGAAAUGAGAUUCUAUGCUUGUGCCUAACCAUCAUCUUCUUUUCCUCUUUUAUCAAGUGAAGAAGAGAUGAAGUAAAAGCAAUAAGUUGAUCAAAACAUUGAAGUUUUGAUGAUCUUAUGACAGUAGGUGCUUUCAAGGUGCUACUUGAAAAACAGAUACAAACAGUAUCUCCGCAAUCCACACUGGUCAGAGAUUCCUGUACUGGUGUGUUUUAUCCUUUCCUCACAGCCAGUGACAGUUGUCAUGCAUUGAGUGUAACUAGUUAAGAGUGUAGCUUCUAAUCCUGCUGUAACAGCUCUCACUGAGAUCACACACUGUCAACCUGUUGUGAGGCAGGCAUGAUGUUUACAGUUUUCUUCCCAAAUUACGUGGCUUAAUUCUGAGCGUCUUAAAUCAAGGAGGUGUGCAUUAUGAUUCUGAUUGUGUUUAUUAGCUUCAGCAUAAAGCUGUUCAGUAUAUUGUCAGAAAGGUAUAGGACUUGUCUUGUAUGUUAUUUAAAGUGUACUGUAUCAUGUAUUGCUGUUUACAUGGACGUUUUCCGGCAGGUGCUCAAAGUAUCUUGCAUCAGGGAUUUGUUACAAUUCCAUUUUAUUUUUCAACAAAAUUAGAAGCAUGUAAUUAGCACUGCUGAGUAUGUAGCACAGUAGGAUAUAACUACUGUAAGGCUAUCCUGUUUGGGUGGAAGGGAAAGGUCUCAUCUUUAACGGAGUCACCUACUAGGGUAUCUAGGUAUAAAAUACAGUUAAGUGUACAAUGACCGUUUCACUAAAUAUUGCAAUUCUAUGUGUACUCCCUCAGAACUGGUGCUCUUUUCAAUACAGUAAUACAAAAGUUCUUAAUCUGUCUUAAAUCUAUCAAUGUUUCACAAUAAAAUCAGGAAUUGUAUUGCAGUGUCUUAGGAUGUGCUUUUGCAUCUUUCUAGCAGGGGUCUAAAUGCACUACGGGAUAUGUAAUAACACAAAAACACUGCAAAACACAGUCACCAUGCAACAGAACUCUACUCAUUAAAACGCUGUUUAAGUUUUCAUUUCGGGCUGUUUAAUGUGGGCUAGACAACUAAAGGCACCUUGUAUGUAAUACUGCAAGUAUUUCCUGUGUAGAUUUUUCUACCAGCAGACAUUGGAGUCUUAUUUAUAAAGAUCUUACAUUAAAACA